AUGCCAUCCCCUCACAGUCACAGGGUCCUGGUGCCCUCCCCUCACAGUCACAGGGUCCUGGUGCCAUCCCCUCACAGUCACAGGGUCCUGGUGCCAUCCCCUCACAGUCACAGGGUCCUGGUGCCCUCCCCCCUCACAGGGUCCUGGUGCCAUCCCCUCACAGUCACAGGGUCCCGGUGCCAUCCCCUCACAGUCACAGGGUCCUGGUGCCAUACCCUCACAGUCACAGGGUCCUGGUGCCAUCCCCUCACAGUCACAGGGUCCUGGUGCCAUCCCCUCACAGUCACAGGGUCCUGGUGCCAUCCCCUCACAGUCACAGGGUCCUGGUGCCAUCCCCAUCACAGUCACAGGGUCCUGGUGCCAUCCCCUCACAGUCACAGGGUCCUGGUGCCAUCCCCCUCACAGUCACAGGGUCCUGGUGCCAUCCCCAUCACAGUCACAGGGUCCUGGUGCCAUCCCCCUCACAGUCACAGGGUCCUGGUGCCCUCCCCUCACAGUCACAGGGUCCUGGUGCCAUCCCCCACAGUCAGGCACAGGCUCACAGUCACAGGGUCCUGGUGCCCCCCCGGUCCUGGUGCCCCCCCACAUCACAGGCUGGUGCCACAGUCACAGUCACAGGGUCCUGGUGCCAUCCCCCUCACAGUCACAGGGUCCUGGUGCCAUCCCCCUCACAGUCACAGGGUCCUGGUGCCAUCCCCAUCACAGUCACAGGGUCCUGGUGCCAUCCCCCUCACAGUCACAGGGUCCUGGUGCCCUCCCCUCACAGUCACAGGGUCCUGGUGCCAUCCCCCUCACAGUCACAGGGUCCUGGUGCCCUCCCCCUCACAUGGUCCUGGUGCCAUCCCCUCACAGUCACAGGGUCCUGGUGCCCUCCCCUCACAGUCACAGGGUCCUGGUGCCAUCCCCCUCACAGUCACAGGGUCCCGGUGCCAUCCCCUCACAGUCACAGGGUCCUGGUGCCCUCCCCUCACAGUCACAGGGUCCUGUUGCCAUCCCCUCACAGUCACAGGGUCCUGGUGCCAUCCCCUCACAGUCACAGGGACCUGGUGCCAUCCCCUCACAGUCACAGGGUCCUGGUGCCCUCCCCCCUCACAGGGUCCUGGUGCCAUCCCCUCACAGUCACAGGGUCCUGUUGCCAUCCCCUCACAGUCACAGGGUCCUGGUGCCAUACCCUCACAGUCACAGGGUCCCGGUGCCAUCCCCUCACAGUUACAGGGUCCUGUUGCCAUCCCCUCACAGUAA